CCCCCCCCCCCGCGCGCGCAAAGCGGCCCCUCGCUCCCGUCCCGCUCUUCGCACACACCAACCUUUCGAAGAAUAAUGUCCUCCACCGACAUCGCUGCUCACGACGAGCAUGCUGUCGCGUCGGGCCCUGAAGCCGGCCUCGCGCCGCCGUCCGCCGUGCCGGAAGCGGCCACCGGCGAUGCGGAGGAAGUCGCCUCGCCGGCCGCCGGCCCGAUGGCCGACGACCCGGACGCCGACGACCUCCCAUACAGCCUGAGCGUGCAUGCCAUCGGCUUUGCCGCGUGGCUUUCCGGCCCGGCCACGUACACCGGCGGCGGGGCCGCCCUGCCGGCCUCCUCCCUCGGGGUCGUGGUCCCGGAGGCCGAGGCCACCACCGUGCGCGAGGUCACCCGCCUGGCCCUGGUGGCGCUGGAGGCCGCCGCGCCCGGUAGCACGGCCGGUGCCGGCGUCGCGGACUUCCGCCUUGGUCGCCACGUCCCCUACUCGACGCUCACCGCCCCCCCGGGCCCCCCCGGCGCCGAGUCUGCCCUGGAGAAUAUCUGGCUGAACCCGGACCUGACGCUGGCCGAGUGUGGCAUCCUGCCCGGGGACGAGCUCAAGAUCAAGCACGCGCGGGGCCCCCUGUCGGUGAAGCUCACCCCGGCCGGGAGUACCCAGCCGGAGGACUUCUCCUAUGGCCUGGAGCUGACGGUGCGCGAGCUGCUCGACAGCCAGGCCCUGGAGGCCUCGGACACCGACCCCUUCGGCCUGUACUAUCCCCACCGGGGGAUCUUCCUGCAGGCGGACCACACGCUGGACCUGUAUGACAUCGAGCCGCAGCAUGUGCUCGAGGUCCGCCGCACGUCCUCGGUCUUCCUGCUGCGCAUCCGCCUGCCCGAGCGCGCCAACGCCGUGGUCACCUUCCGCCUGGGCGACUCGCAGCCGGUGGCCGACGUCGUGUCACAGCUGGCCCGCAAGAUCCCCUACGACCGGGCCACCAUCAGCUCGCUCUAUGACAAGGCCGGCUCCGGCCGCUGGCUCGACUGCACGCUCCCCCUGUCGCACUACCAGAUCACCAGCUCCUCCCAGAUCGAGUACAAGACCAAGUUCUCCACCAUCCACCUGACCACGGGCCAGGGCCCGAGUGCGCCCUUCGUGUCGACGGACGCCGAGCUGGAUGAUCUGCUGGAUGCGUAUGGCCCGCCGCACGCGUCGGCCGCCCACAUGAGCCACACGCUGCUGGACGCCAGCGGCGGGCGGCUGGACCGGAAUGCCAAGAAGUCCGCCCGGGCGCUGCUCUCCUCGCCGAUGCUGCCGCUGACCCUGCGCCCGGGCCCGGUGGCCACCUUCUUCGGGCUGGCGGCCUACGAUCCGAGCGUGCGCCAGGCCUUCGAACUGGAUCCCACCCGGCCGCUGCGGGAUUUGCUGGCCGGCGGCGAGGCCGAGGCCGGGUCCACGCCCGGCGUGGCCCCCGGGCCCAGUGACGCGGUGACGCUCAUUUGCCGGCGCUUCGGCAUCCGGCCGGCGGACUUCGCCGGGCUGGCGCUCGUGCAGGAUGGCCGGUCGGCCUCGGUGGAGGUGGCCUCGCUGGACCAGCUCCUGUCGUCCAAUGGCCCGCGGAAGGCGGCCGGCGCCGGGGCGGCGGCCCCGCGCGCGGCCUUCCCCGCUCCGGGAUCGCGCCUGCUCGAUGUGUCGCGCUCGCUCCUGUCGCAGGGUGUCUUCCCCGGGUCGGUGCUGAUUGUCCAUUCCCGGGGGAAUGGCUGGUCCCGGCGGCCGGCCGACACCUCCGGCGCCACCACCGACUCCGAGGGCCGCAUCGUCUAUGCCGACACCUCGGCCAACCACAUUUGGGCCGAUGCCGAGGAGGACGCCGAGUCCAACCUCACCUUCGAGGCCGAUCGCCCGCGUGUCAUCGCCUCGGCCAGCUUGAACAAGCUGAUCGAGCGCCUGACUGACGAGAAGUCCCAUGACAUGGACUUCGUCAAGACCAUCCUGCUCACGUAUCACUCAUUCACAACCCCGGCCAUCCUCCUGUCAAAGAUCAUCGAACGCUACAAUGUCCCCCGGCCGGCGAACAUGGCAUAUGACGACUUCGACCGGAACUCCCGGCGGCUGAUCCACCUGCGCGUGGUCAAUGUCCUGAAGCACUGGAUCGAGAAGUAUUCCUCGGACUUCUUCGACCCCAAGAGCGCCGACGGCUUCAGCCAGCUGGCCUACGAUGUGGCCCGCUUCGCGCGGAACAUCCUCCACGCCGACAACCCCACGCACGCUCGGAUGAUCCUUCAGGUCCUGGGACGGCUGAAGCCCUCGCGGACUUCGGACAAGCAGCUUCCCCCGGCGGAGCCGAUCGCCCCGGCCUCGGCCCCGACGGCCAUUGCCUCGGAGUCGAAGAUUCUGCGCAUCUUCCGCCACAGCCCGCAGGACCUGGCCGAGCACAUCACCGCCACGGACUUCGAGCUCUUUGCCCAGAUCAAGCCGGCCGAGCUUCUCAACCAGAACUGGAACCGCGCCGAUGCCGAAGUCCGCUCGGCCAACGUCCUGCGCGUCAGCCGGCGCUUCAACCGCGUUGUCCUCUGGGUGGUGGCGUCGAUCCUGAUCAAGGACAAGGUCCGCAAGCGCGCCGAGCGCUUCGCGAAGCUCAUCGAAAUCGCCCAGCGCCUCUACCACCUGAAGAACUUCUCCUCGGUCAUGGCCUUCAUCGCCGGGUUCAACAGCGCGGCCAUCAGCCGACUGAAGUGGACGCGCGCUGAGCUGCCCGGCCGACAUGUGCGCAUUCUCGAGGACCUUGAGCAGAUCAUGACGGCCCAGUCCAAUUACAAGGCAUAUCGCGCCCUGCUGCACAACUCCUCCCCGCCGCUGGUCCCGUAUAUCGGCGUGUACUUGGCGGAUCUGACCUUCAUCGAUGAUGGCAAUCCCAACCGCGUGGCCGGCCUCAUCAACAUCGCCAAGCGCCGACUGGACUACUCGGUUAUCAGCGAGAUCCAGAUGUUCCAGAAUGAGCCGUACCCGGCGGACUUCGCGUCCGGCGGCGGAGCCAGCGGCCCGGGAGCCGGCGCCGGCGGUGGCAGCGGCAUUGACCUGCUGAACCCCGGCGGGGCGGCCGCCACCAACCCCCUGCGCGAGCAGCUGGAGCAGAGCAUCGCCGCGGCCGGCGGCGGUGGAGACAUCAACAGCCCCGACAACAAUGCCGUGGCCGCGGACAUCGAGCAGCGCCUGUACGACCGGUCACUGCAGGUGGAGCCGCGCGGUGCCGAGCGCGCGCAGAUCGAGUGAGCGUGCGUGCGCCGGAGAACGCGAGAAGCAGCGCGCGCGCGCGCGCGUGCCUGUCGGCGCCAGAGUCCGUCUCGGCGGGGGCAGGAGGGGGGAGCUGCCCGCCGCUUGUGCGCGUCGCGCGACUGUCCGCCAGUGUGGAUGGCGAUGACUGUGCGCACAAUGCCUGCCUCUCCCCUCCUCCCCUCCUCUAGGCAUGGCAGGGCUGCUGUCCGCAAAAGUGUGGCUGCUGCUGGCUCUCUUCGCUCCUCCUCUUUUUCUCUUCCUCCCCUCUCGCUCUUCUUGCCCGUGCUCCGGUCUCCGGAAAGAAUACAUAUCGUGCACAGAGAUGCCCCCUCC